AUGGUUGAGGAUAAUGAGAUGAUGGGCAUAAUUCUUAAUGGUACUCAUGUGCCUGUUAAAGAAGUCAAAGAAGGAAAGGUUACAAGAAUGGUAGUUAAAAGAAGAAGAGAGUACAAUGAUGAAGAUAGGAAAAAGAUUGAAAAGAAUUACAAUGCCAAGAAAUUGUUAGUAUAUGGCAUAGGUCCCAAUGAGUACAAUAGGAUCUCAGCUUGUGAAAAUGCUAAAGAGAUAUGGGAUUGCUUGAGGACUGCUUAUGAGGGAACUACAUAUGUGAAGUAUUCUAAAGUUUACAUACUGAAAACACAGUAUGAAACCUUCACUAUGAUAGAAGGAGAGACAAUACAAGAAUACAUACAAGAUUCACUUCCAUCACAAAUGAGCUACACUGCUUAG